AUGGGGGAAAAGGCUGUAAGGUCUAGGAACGGUUGCAAAUCGUGUAAGCGUUUGAAGAUCAAAUGCGAUCAAUUGAAGCCAAGAUGUCAAAACUGCAUGAAAAGAAAUAUAGAAUGUUGUGACUACUCUCUAAAAUUACACUGGGGAGGCAGGCCUUACAAAGAUGCAACCAAGAAAGUAGCCAAAAUACCAAAUACUAAACUAGUAGAUGGCGUAGUAACAAUUAAGCCGCUUAGGCGUAAGACCGGAGGGAUUAAUACCAAGAGUGGACAAAUGGUUUCGUUAAAACAAUUUUUUAAGGAUGACGGUGGAAGCGAGCGAAUUUAUACUGAUGCGUCUACUCCUGACGAUGCGACGAAUAUGGCACAACCAUCGAUGACUUUUAGAAGUCCAGUCGACGAUAUAACCAGAAAUAUCCUAUUCGAUCCAAUGCCCUUUAUACAACUACAUGGAUUACAUCUACCUUCUCCUUUGCCAGAUGUGCUUUCUUCAUCUACAUACUUCAUGAAUCUCUUUGAAUUCUAUUUGAAGGAAACCUGCCACUUGCUUGUUCCUGUGCCUCGCGAAUUGUACAAAAAGAAUCCUUUCUAUGUUGUUCUUCCACAGAUUGCAAUGCACAAUCAUACUUUAUUGUACCUGCUACUUGCGUUUGGAGCGAAUCAUCGAAACAUGAUGUUUGCGCAAUCAACUUCCGCUAUCGAUGUUUUAACAGAGCAGCCGUUGAUACAGCUCACGUCUUUUUCGAAAGAAUGGAACCUUUUCGACUUUUUUCCACUGGAUAGCUAUACUGAUGAUCGUUUCUCAUCUGUAUCCAGUAAUGCUCUGAUAGACACUCUUCUUUCCAAUGUAUUAAAAGAGCUGGUUAAGAAAUUAAAAGAUGAAAAGGAAAGGAAAAGCGAUGGUACAUUAGCUACAGUAAUGAUGUUAGCAGCCUAUGACAUAUUCUUUAGCGAUAAACGGCGAAAAUGGAGAGCACAUGUUUAUGGCGCUAGAAACCUGAUGAAAGAGAGAUUAUGUACAUCACAAGAAGAGGCAUUGACAAUCAUUGAUAUUGUCGACAAAACCGAUGCUAGAUUUUUCUUGCAAAGAUGGUUCACAUACGUUGACAUAAUCGGAUCUUUGUCCUCAACCAAUCGAGUUAUAACGACAGAGAAAUUAAGUUCUUUGAAAUAUGAGUUCAAGCAUUAUAAAGAAGUUGGUAAUGAAAGGAAACUGGCACUCAACGAUAUUGAAUGUAGCACCGGCAUGGAACCAAAAGUGCUUUCGCUAUUAGCUGAUGUUUCUUGGAUAAUUAGCGAAAGAGAAAGGCUAUCAGAAACUGACAAUGAAACGGAUGACAUUCCUACGGAUCUCUUGUUACAGAUGUUGGAACUGGAUUACAAAAUAACCAAACACCUUGAAGAGUCGGAAGUACAGAGGGAUAAGGUUUAUCACCUUUUUUUUAGUGAACAGCCUGUAACAGAAAUGCACAAUUCUAAAAUAUACGAUGGAUACAGUAUACUCCGAGCUACAAACCUUAUUUUUGGUCUCACGGGAUCUCUUCAGCUAAAAAGAAGGGCAUUGAACAUGCCUUUGCAAAGUGUUAUUGUGAAAGAUCUACUGCUUAGAAUUACUACUAUUGUUGAUAAGUACAUUCCAUUGGCAAGCUCUUCCACCAGCUGUGUCAUUUUUUGUCUUUUUUGCUGUGGUUGCGAUUUAUUGGACAAGUCAAUGAUAAAACACAGAUCAGUGUAUAUGGAUAGAAUAGAAGCACUUAACCAACGGGGCAUUAGUAGUGCGGGUAUGGCUAAACGUUUGAUGCAGCAAUGUUGGGCACAAAAUAAAUGCUGGUGGGACUUGUUAAAAGAAAAUAAUCUAGAUGUUACAUUUGCUAUAUAA